GUUAGCCCUCCCAAUUUCUACACACCUCAACUUUGAGCGAAAGUUCAAUAGCUAUAACAAAAGGACGUGGACUACACAGACCCACUGCUUUCCAGAUUUCACACUGAAUGUAACGUCUUGGGAACGCAGACUACUACGUCGUCACCGUUUAACGAAUUGCAAGGAUUUUUGUUCUUUCUGAAAUGCGUGGUUUCUGUUAUUUUGGUCUGCAUUGUGGUAAACUUCAGGUCCGCUGGGCUGGUGCAUAAUUGUCGACGUUAAAGUAUUGUCGACUUUCUUGCACAUUCUGUUUCGAAUUGAUUGGGAAAGUUGUUAUGAAGACGCCUUAAUCAACGUCAUUUUAUACUAUGGAAGGAUCCAGCGGGUCUAGUUUUGGAAUAGACACUAUUUUAUCUACCACCAAUUCUUGUAACUCAGUGCUAAUGAACGGAGAUUUUCGCCUAGGUGACAGCCGGACAGCGGAUUUCAGGAGUCAGGCGACCCCGUCCCCAUGCUCGGAGAUAGACACUGUGGGAACAGCCCCCUCGUCCCCGAUCUCUGUCACCACGGAGCAUCCAGAACCGCAUAUGGUACCGGAAAGCCUUCAGCAUCGUCACCAUCAUCACAACCACAACCAGGCACAAAAUUUGCAGCUCUCGCCGCAGCCGCAACCGCUCGGGGCGGCUGGAUGUGCCCCAAGGACUGCCACCUCUUCCUUCUUAAUCAAAGACAUUUUGGGCGACAGUAAACCGCUUGCAGCUUGCGCUCCGUACAGCACGAGCGUACCCUCCCCGCAUCACACCCCGAAAGCGGAGAGCGCCACGGCAGCGGAAGGAUUCAGGCCCAAGAUAGAGCAAGACGAAAACAAAAGCAAACUGGAAAAGAGAGAUGACAUUCAGAACGACAUGAAAUGCAACGGAACAAAAGAAGAGGGUGAUCGAGAAAUCUCGAGUUCGCGAGACAGUCCACCUGUUCGCACGAAAAAACCCCGGAAAGCGCGAACGGCCUUUUCCGACCACCAGCUUAACCAGCUAGAACGUAGUUUCGAGCGCCAAAAAUACCUCAGUGUACAAGACCGCAUGGACCUCGCCGCCGCGCUAAACCUCACCGACACGCAGGUCAAGACCUGGUACCAAAACAGACGGACGAAAUGGAAGAGGCAGACCGCUGUCGGAUUAGAACUGCUGGCCGAAGCUGGAAAUUACUCCGCUUUACAGAGAAUGUUUCCGUCUCCGUAUUUCUACCACCCGAGCUUGUUAGGUACCAUGGACAGCACAACGGCGGCGGCGGCUGCUGCUGCGAUGUACAGCAGCAUGUACCGGACUCCGUCCACGCCGCACCCGACUCUCCAGAGACCGCUCGUCCCGCGAGUACUUAUUCAUGGCCUUGGCCCGGGGGGGCAACCGGCACUGAACCCACUGGCUAACCCAAUUCCCGGCACGCCGCAUCCUCGGUAAAAAUCAAUGAAAGAGACAUUGCAAGACGAUUGAAUCACACGCGACGCAAAGGGGAUGCGCUGAAUUUUGAAAAGACAGCUUUUUCCAAAAGACCUGAAAAAAAAAACAGUUUUAUUGAAGAAAAAAAAGUAUUAUUUAAUAUGGACCAGUUCUGACUUAACAAAGCCAGAGCCUAUAGCCGUGACAGUAAAGGGACUGUUCGUGUGACGGAUUGUGGUUUGUUUUUUGUACAAAUACACUUAUACUACUAAAUAAACUUAAAAAGUUUAUUAGACGGAGUUAAAGGAAAGGUCGAAUAAAGACAGAAUGAUAAAAAAAGUUAUGUGAGACGCUUUCUCCUAAAAAGUAGCUACAGGAGUUUAUUUCUCAAACGUUUUAACUCUUUUGUUACUUUGCCAUGCACUAGUAUUAAAAAGACGUACAGA